GCAGCAUUUUACUCAUAAAUUUUUCUGUGGGAAAGCAGGAAGUGAAUCAGGCAUCUGUAUCGACAUAACAUAACAUGGUGAAUUGGUGAUUGAUGCUCUUUCUCUGAGCCCCAUAUAUAUAUACCAUAUCAUAUCUAUGUCUGUGUUGAUACAUUGUCUUAAACCAACCCACAUGUGUUGCUGGUGCUUGGAUUUUGCAUCAGUUACCUUACCUUAACCUUAACCUUAGCAUACUUCCUUGUUUUGUGUCCUCUCUCUUCCCUUUUCACUCCUUUCUUGCAUGCUUUAAACAAACACUCAUAUCCCACUCUUUGCUUUCCAACUAACCAUUAUUAUUCCUACUCUCAUAACUUGUUGCCACCAUCAUCAUUCUCAGACUUUGCCUCCCCGAUGGGUCCUGUGAGAGGAUUCAAGAAGAAAAGAAAGCCAGAGAAGAAGCAUGACAAGAAUGGUUCUGGUUCUGGGUCACCCGAGGGAGAGGGUCCUGUAGAUUGGUGGGAUGACUUGUCAAAGAGAAUGAAUGGUCUUCAGCAGUCUCCAUCGAAGUGCUUGGAUAACUUUGAAUCUGUUUUCAAGAUCUCCAGAAAGACAUUUGAGUACAUAUGUUCACUUGUUAAGGAUGAUAUGAUGACGAAAGCUGCACAUUUUGUGUUUACAAAUGGCAAGCCAAUAUCUUUACGUGAACAAGUAGCAGUGGCACUGAGAAGACUGGGAUCUGGUGAGUCACUGGUCACAAUUGGUGAUUCAUUUGGCCUAAACCACUCAACUGUUUCUCAAGUAACCUGGCGAUUUGUGGAAUCCAUGGAAGAAAGGGGUCUUCAUCAUCUGCGAUGGCCUUCAACAGAAGUGGAAAUGAAUGCAAUCAAAUCCAAAUUUGAGAAAAUACGUGGCUUGCCUAAUUGCUGCGGUGUAAUUGAUGCUACUAACAUCACAAUGUGUUUACCAGCAUCUGAACCUUACUGUAAUGUGUGGCUUGAUCACAAGAAGAAUCAUAGCAUGGUCUUGCAAGCAAUAGUGGAUCCUGACAUGAGGUUCAGGGACAUAGUCACUGGUUGGCCGGGUAAAAUGGAGGACUGGUUGAUAUUUGAGAGUUCAAAUUUCAAUAAACUUUGUGAGAAGGGUGAGAGGUUGAAUGGAAGCAAAUUACAGCUCUCUGAAGGAUCAGAAAUAAGAGAAUAUAUACUCGGAGAUUCAGGCUAUCGUCUAUUACCUUACCUUGUUGUCCCCUAUGAAGGGAAAGAACUCUCAGAACCAAAAGCACAGUUUAACAAGCAGCAUUUGGCAACAAGGAUGGUGGCACAAAGAGCACUGGCAAGGCUGAAAGAGAUGUGGAGAAUCAUUCAUGGAAUGAUGUGGAGACCAGACAAACACCGUCUGCCAAGGAUUAUUCUCGUUUGCUGCGUACUUCAUAACAUUGUUAUUGACUUGAACGAUGAAGUGCAGGAUGAACUAUCUUUGUCUCUUGAUCAUGACUCAGGUUACCAUCGACUGGUUUGUGGAGCUGUAGACGAGAAGGGAGUUGCACUAAGAGACAGAUUGUCUCACUAUUUGGCUGGAAGGUUGCCUUCAUGAAUUCUUUUUGUCCAUCACUAGCUUUUGGUCACUCAAUGAAUUUACUAAAUUAUUGAAGCUUCUGAGAAAACAUAUCUUAUGGUAUAGUUGUUCCUCCCCAAUUUCUAGACUGUAAAUAACUUGGAUGCUGCAUGGCAAGGUGAAAAUUGCAGGAUUACCAAACUGUGCUUGAAGUCGCUGGUAAAUUCACAUCUACGUUCUACACUGGACAUAGUCUUUUUUACUGGAAUAAACGAAGUUGAUGAUUACUUUGUUAGUUGCAAACUAGUAUGAAUAAAGGUGUGUGGCUGCCGCUAGUCCAAUAAAAUUUUACACACGGUAGGAAUUAAA